AUGGACACAUCCCGCCAUCUACCACGCAUAAUUUGUCUCCAUGGAGGUGGAACGAACGCUCGCAUCUUUCGCAUGCAAUGUCGCGUACUAGAACGAAUGCUUCAGUCUCAUUUUCGCCUUGUCUACGCGGAGGCUCCACUCCCGGCACGGCCCGGACCCGACGUAACAGCUGCCUACAAAGACUACGGGCCCUUCAAAGCGUGGCUACGCGUGAAUGCACAAGAUCCCAUUCUGGAUGAAGAUCAAAUCGUGGACGGCAUCAGGGAUUCCUUAUCCGCUGCUCAACGAGAAGACGAUAAGCGCGGGGCAACUGGAGAAUGGGUCGGGUUACUCGGGUUUAGCCAGGGUGCUCAUCUGGCUGCUAGCAUUCUAGCAAACCAACAGGUGCUCCAAAAUAGGACGGACCCUGUUUAUCGAUUUGCUAUUUUGCUAGCAGGAAGAGGCCCGCUGCGAUGGCUAAACCCGGAGUUGCCUAUGCCUGCGGGUUUUAUCGAUGCGACGCAGUGUACCACAGGCCAGGAACUCGUUGUGGACAAUACAGAAUCCCGAGUUAACAUCCCAACUAUACAUGUCCAUGGUCUGGCGGACCCGAACUUGAUUUUGCACCGCAGACUGCUCUAUCAGCAUUGCGAUUGGAAAAGCACAACGCUAGUCGAGUGGGAUGGCGAGCAUCGCGUGCCGAUCAAGGCCAAGGAUGUUAUCCCGGUGGUACAAGAGAUAUUCAACGUGGCACAGCGGGCGGGUGUAACUGGGACAACAUCGGGCAUCAUAAUGUUUUGA